AUGCGAGGUAUCAAUAUCUGGUCAACGUUAACAUGUAAAUGUGUAAUAAUAUACCCUACCUUAAUUUACACUGAUACUCGGAGCAAUGAACAAGUCGGUUGGCGAACUGAAACAGAGCUGGGAACUGGCAACGAUGUAGACCUACAGGUACUGCAAGACUGGAAUGUCUAUUCAGGAUUAUUGCAGUUUGAUGCGGAGUUUAUACAACGCCCAGAUGCCGAGGCUUCACCUAGUCUAGCUUUGUGUAUAAUACAGUGCCGACCAAUCGCUGUUCCGUGUUCCAAUGACUAUAUGUUACCAUGGAAACGAGGAUACAACACUUUCAGUUCAUAUCGACUCCAAGGUUUCACAGAAAUACGAUUGAACACAUAUUCAAAUAUUAUUACACGAAGUUUCAAUGACAAUCCAUCAACCAGUAGUAUUUUGAAACGAUGUAGUCUUGUGAGGACAUUUAACUCGCAUGCACUGAAAAGACAGACAUUGCAGCAGUCUUCCAGUGCUGGGAGAUACAAUGUGAAAAGAAAAUUAUUAUUAUUUUUGUUAAUAUCAGUUCCGGCAACUGGACUGUUUGGUUAUUUUUAUCUUGAGGAUGUGAAAAAACGACAAAUCAGAGUGGCUGUUGAAGGUUUUGUGCGGUUCUGGAGGUGCUUAUACAUAGGUAUGGGUAUAUCUUUAGAUUAUUGGUGGUCGCUACAAGGGUUAGUGGAGGGUACAAAAGCAUACUCCAAUGCAAUGCGUGGUUGUCACCAGAGAUCAGCCGACAAGCUCGUAGAUGCGUGCAUGAAAAAUGGCGGACUGUAUGUAAAAUUAGGACAAGGGAUUGUCUCUAUGAAUCACAUUCUUCCCAAGGAAUAUACAGAGACGCUAACAAUUCUGCAGGACAAAGCACUGGUCAGGCAGUAUAAAGAGAUCGAUAGAUUAUUUCGAGAAGACUUUGGUAAGACUGUCGAUGAGAUCUUUGUGGAUUUUGAACAGCAUCCGAUUGCGGCUGCUAGUCUAGCUCAAGUACACCGAGCGAAAACGAAGAAUGGCGAUGAAGUGGCUGUAAAAGUACAGUAUAUUGAUUUACGAGACCGUUACCAUAGCGACCUCUGGACGUUAGAAAUUCUAUUUGAUAUUAUUGAGUGGAUGCAUCCAUCAUUCGGAUUCCGCUGGGUUCUUAAGGAUAUGAAAGGUACAUUAGCCAAAGAACUUGAUUUUGAAAAUGAAGGAUACAACGCAGAACGGUGUGGUAGAGAUCUCAGACAUAUGAAAUCUGUGUAUGUGCCAAAAAUAUAUUGGAAUUUGACAACAAAGCGAGUGUUAACCAUGGAACACAUCGAGGGAUGCAAAGUGACGGACAAGGAAUCCAUUCACAAUAUGUCUCUUACUCUUCAGGAUGUGGAUACAAAGCUCAUCUGUGUUUUUGCAGAGCAGAUUUUCCAUACAGGGUUUGUGCAUGCAGAUCCACAUCCGGGCAACGUGUUUGUUCGAAAAGGCAAGGACAGUAAAGCAGAGCUUGUUCUAUUAGAUCAUGGACUUUAUGAUGAAAUUUCCUCUAAGGACAGAGUGUCACUCUGCAGACUUUGGAAAGCUAUUGUGCUUCGUGAUGAACCCAGUAUGCAAAUAUAUUCUAAUGAGCUUGGAGUUAAAGAUUAUUUAUUAUUUUCUGAAAUGUUAAUGCAAAGACCACUUAAUAUGCAUGUGAGACGCGGCUUUCAUAUGAAUACGAGGCUGAGUAAAUCGCAAAUGAAAUAUAUGCAGUCAAUGGCGAAAUUACAUUUUGAUAAAAUUAUGGUUGUCCUCAAAGAAUUACCCAGGCCUAUGCUGCUUGUGUUUAGGAAUAUAAAUACUAUUCGUUCAAUAAAUCGGGAGCUAGGAAUGCCUGUAGACAGGUACACAAUGAUGGCACGAUGUGCCAUUGGUGGGACUGAAGAAAAUUUGAAAACCAGAAGUUUUGUGUCAAAAUUAAAAGCAAAGUGGGAACGAUUUAUGUUUGAUUUAACAUUGAGAUCGGACAAACUCGUUCACUGGCUGUUUGUGUUUUAUAUUCGAACUUUACAGUACUUAGGAAGAGCACCAGCAGAUCUGGGUGUGCUGAAGACAUAUCUACAACAGUCUUGA